GAGUGAAAUCGAGGAAUUUCUGGACGAGUUGGCGGAGGAAUAUCCCGACCAAGCCGCGGUCAAGAAAAUCGGCGAGUCUGCGAAUGGAAGACCGAUCCACAUGGUGAUCAUCAGGCCCAGCGCCUCAGCGACUGCCACGACCAACGAAACCGGCGGACCUGCGGUCAUUAUCCUCGAUUCUGCCACUCACGCCCGGGAGUGGCUGACGGUGUCGACGACCCUGUACGUCAUCCAGCAGCUGCUGGACCAGCCCAGCAGUCCAGCUCGGGGCGUCGAGUGGCGGAUCAUUCCAGUCGUCAAUCCAGACGGUUACGUGUACUCCUGGGAAAAGGAUCGCCUGUGGAGGAAGAACCGCAGGAGCCUGCCUGGUCACUGCCAAGGCGUGGACCUCAACCGAAAUUUUGACGUGAAUUUCGGAGGGUCAAGCUUUACUGCCGCGUGCACCACCUUCGCCGCCUGCAGAGCAAGCUUUGAGCUGCUUUGAGCCGGAGGAGCUCGCUGGGAGCAUCGAGAUCGUGUCUGCAGAACAGAGCUAGCCCUCCAGGGCCGGUGCUCAGAGGUUACAGUGACGCGCAUAUUUAUUGGCAACUUUCAACUCUAAAUCUAAAUAUGGCACCUAUGUCCAAGAUACUGAUGAAAUAUUAGUGUGCUUGCAUUAAAAUGCUAGCCUGUAAUCGUGUAAGCACAUUUCUUAC